AUGAAUUGGUCUGCUUUGGAGGCACUCCUCAGUGGGGUCAACAAAUACUCCACCGUGUUUGGCCGUGUCUGGCUCUCCAUGGUCUUUGUCUUCAGGGUGAUGGUGUUCGUGGUGGCAGCCCAGCGGGUGUGGGGCGAUGAAAACAAGGACUUUGUCUGCAACACGGCCCAGCCAGGCUGCAACAACGUGUGCUACGACCACAUCUUCCCCAUCUCGCACAUCCGCCUGUGGGCCCUGCAGCUCAUCUUUGUCACCUGUCCGUCGCUGAUGGUGGUCGGGCACGUCAAGUAUCGGGAGAAGAAGGACAUGCAGUACACCGCCUCACACAAGGGUGCCCAUCUCUAUGCCAACCCUGGGAAGAAACGUGGGGGGCUUUGGUGGACGUACCUGGUGAGUCUGAUUUUCAAGGCAGGCUUUGAUGCCGGCUUCCUCUAUAUCCUGUACCACGUCUAUGAAGGUUACGACAUGCCCCGCCUAUCCAAGUGCUCCCUAGCACCAUGCCCCAACACGGUGGACUGCUUCAUAUCCCGUCCCACCGAGAAGAAGAUCUUCACCCUGUUCAUGGUGGUCUCUUCUGUUUUCUGCAUCUUUAUGUGUAUCUGUGAGAUAGUUUACCUCAUCUGCAAACGCAUCCAGAAAGACAUUAGGAAGAAGGCUGAGGCUGACAGGAGGCUCUUUGCUGAGACUCAUGAGAUGGCUGUGCUGGCAGCGCCCAGGUCAAAGUUCAGGUCCAAAACGUCAGAGAGAGUGGAUCCUACAGUAUCUGUCCAGAACCUCAGUAACAUCAUGGUUGAGGAGGCAUCUGAGAAAAAAUAA